AUGCACAGAACGUCCGGUUCAGCCGGCCAACGAACUGUCGGUUUAAUCAUCACUGAAGCGCAACAGGAAUCGGAUGAUGAUGACGAUGCGCAAUUUGUGAUUGAGGAGACGGUCAGCGGAGAUACCGGCGGUCUUGUAAAUAAAAUGCUUCAAUCGAAGAGAGAAUUUGAAGGUGGCAAUUUGAUGCCUCAUGUAUCAGAAGAUUUACAUACAAUGGGAACAGUGGAUGAGUUGAGCAGGCAACGUGAACGAGCUCAAAUCGAGAAAGAGGUGACCAAAUUGUGUGAGACUUUACAAACCUUAUCACGUUCGGCCAUGCCUCUGGGUAAACUGAUGGACUUCGUUCAGGAGGAUUUGGAAAGUAUGCAGCAAGAGUAUGAACGUUGGGCAAGUGAAAAUCAAUCUUUGAAAAUCAAGUUGCGCGAAGAGGAGAGUCGAACUCAAGCAGCCAUUGAACCACUAAAAGCACAACUGAAAGAGUUGCAGAACUAUGCCGCGGAACAACGGAAAGCCAUAUCAACAUUCAAAGCAAAAAUUCUGACAAACGAGGAAAGAAUUCAGGAUUUGUUGGCAAAAUCAUUGGAACGUGCUCACUGA